CUGACGCAGCAUCACAGCGGACUCGGCUUCGCGCUCUGCUGCCGUCUCAUCGACGAGUUCCUCUACACUCGACCUCAAACAGAACACCUCCAUCUCCUCUUCUCAACUCGCGACAGCAAGAAAGGUGAUGACACAAAGAAGCGACUCCAAGAACACCUCGCAGAAUUCUCCCGCACGGCCAAUGGCACCACACUUGGCAUCAGCCAGCUACUGGAUGCUCGCAUCCACCUCGAAAACGUCCUCGUCGAUCUCCUAAAACUCACGACCGUCAAGUCUCUCGCCGAGCAACUUCUCCGUCGCGGCCAACGACUAGACGCCGUAGUCUGGAAUGCCGGAAUCCCAGGCUGGCUCGGCUUGAACUGGGCCAAAGCCAUAUGGUCUGUGGCGACAGACACCGUCCACGCCACGACGUACCCGGAGUACAUGAGACCCGAUCUGGGGGCUAUUGCGAAGCCACAACUCGAUGGGAAGAAAGCGGGCGGAUCGCCGGAACCGACGCUGGGUCAGGUCUUCACGGCGAAUGUCUUUGGUCAUUACAUGCUUACUCACUGGCUGAGCCCUUUGAUGACCCGCGACACGCGGAUUGUGUGGACUUCGAGCAUCAGUGCCCUACCGAAUAGCUUCUCACUGGACGACAUUCAGGGACUCAAAACACCUGCAGCAUACGAGUGUUCGAAACGACUGACCGACUUCCUCGUCCUCACCUCCGAGCUCCCCUCUGCGAAACCAUUCAUGCAGUCCUUCCUCCCGACCUCAAAGCCUGACUCCACGCCGAAAAUGUACGUCACGCAUCCUGGCGUGAUCGGCACUUCUAUCGCUGGACUGAAUGCGGUGAUGGAGUUUUUCAUGUUCCUCACCUUCGUGUUCGCACGGUUGUUUGGCUCGCCGUGGCAUGCUGCGGAGCCGUACAAGGGCGCAGUGAGUGCAGUCUUCGCCGUGCUGUCGACACAACUACCGGACUUGGAGCAGCGGGAUGGAAAAGGGAAGUGGGGUUCUGCGGUGGGUGUUUCGGGAGACGAGAGAGUUGCUCGGACGGAAGUUGAUGGUUGGGGAUUUUCUGGUCGGGUUGGGUCUGUUCCUGAUGGUAGCGUGGUUGGCUUGCGAGGGCGGUGGCGUGGCUUGAAGCAGGUGACGGAUGAGUCGCGGAGGGAGUUUGAGGAGACGGGUAGGGAAGUCUGGAAGGCGAUGGAGCAGAUGAGAGAAGAGUGGGAAGCACGAUUAGGACCGCUGGAUCAAGGUGUCGCGAAGUAG